CUUCUGGCAGCUAAAGAAUUUCUGAAACUUCAAGGACUGUGAAAUGAGUUCAGGAUUUGCUCUCAUUCUGAUCAGUUUGGUGGUAUUCAUUGACACUUGCACUGAAUUCUACAUAGUCUUGAAGGCAGAUAAUAUAAUGACAUCGAUAAAUUAUGGCAUGUCGAGUUUCCUGAUCAACUUGACCAUUCUCUUUCCUUAUCACACAGGCCAACGUAUUGCUGAUCAGAACGACAUUCUACGCCAACAACUGAGUAAUCUUCCAUGGAUUGACAAGCCUCAAUGGUUCAAGAAGAUAUUGACAAUUAUUAUGAUACGUGCCAACGUAGACAUUGUAAUUAAGCCUUUCGGAGUUCAUUAUCUUAAUCAUGUGUCAUUCAAAAAUAUGAUAAGAGUAUCUUUCUCAUUUGGGAACUUCCUCUACAACACUAAAUUUGAAACACCUUGAAACUCAUUAUGAAUGAGCAUGAAACUCGAAGAUGAAUUAUUACUACAUUAGCUGUUAAUCUGUCGGAUGGAAAUGCUACAAUAUGGGUUGUGUAUUCAUCAAUAAUUAUGCAUGAUUAUCUUUAUAGAAUUCCAUCAACAUCCUGUCAUUUGAUAUACUUUUGAGUAGACUUUGUUGUUUUGGAUCAUAUUCAAAUUUCUACAUUCAUUGUAAUCGAAAAAAUGAAGAAGAACGUAAAACUUUUCUCAA